ACUCCUUCAAAUGUGACACAUGUAGUAAACACUUUCAGAAUAAGUCCAAAAUGCAGAUACAUCUGAGAAGUCAUAUGGCUGAGAAGCCAUAUUCUUGCAGCAGCUGUGGGAAAAGAUUCAUCCAUAAAUCACAUUUGAAUGCUCAUAUAAGAAUCCAUACAAUUAAAAAGCCAUAUUCAUGCAAAACAUGUGGGAAAGACUUCAGCUGCAACAGUGGCUUGAAAUACCACAUUAGAACCCACACAGGUGAGAAGCCAUUCCCUUGCAAGACCUGCGGGAAAAGAUUUGUUUCUACAUCAAAAUUGAAUGUUCAUACAAGAACCCACACAGGUGAGAAGCCAUUUUCCUGCAAAACAUGCGGGAAAUCUUUUUGCCAGAGUGGUCAGUUGAAAGUUCACGAGAGAACACACACAGGUGAGAAACCGUACCUUUGCAAGACCUGUGGGAAAAGAUUCAGCCGCCUUUCAGUAUUAAAGAAACACGGAUUGAUCCACACAGGAGAGAAGCCAUUUUCUUGCAAAAUAUGUCAGAAAAAUUUCAGAGUAAGUGAUAACUUGAAACUCCACAUAAGAACUGUCCACACAGGUGAGAAGCCAUUUUCUUGCAACACAUGUGGAAAAUCUUUUUGCACGAGUAGUCAGUUGAAAGUCCACGAGAGGACACACACAGGUGAGAAGUCGUACCUUUGCAAGACCUGUGGCAAAAGAUUCAGCCACCCUUCAAUAUUAAAGACACAUGGAUUUAUCCACACAGGUGAGAAGCCAUUUUCUUGCAACACAUGUGGAAAAUCUUUUUGCCAGAGUGGUCAGUUAAAAGUCCACAUGAGAAUACACACAGGUGAGAAGCCGUACAUUUGCAAGACCUGCGGAAAAAGUUUCAUUGCUGCAUCAAAUUUGAUUGAACAUGAACGAACCCACACAGGUGAGAAGCCACAUUCUUGUAAAACAUGUGGGAAAUCUUUUAGCCAUAAUUGUAGCUUGGUAUACCACAUGAAAACCCACAUGCGUGAGAAGCCGUAUCUUUGCACAAUAUGCGGGGAAAGAUAUCCUUUUGCAUCUCAUUUGAAACAGCACAGAAGAUCACAUAAAGACAUUUGCUAAAUAUGUGGGAGAUGAUUCAGUUCUAAAGGUCUGUGGUCAAAACACAGAAGAACUCAGAAGUGAGGAGCUGCAACAUCGCAGAAUUUGUGGGAAAUAUCUUACCCAAAUCACAAACUUGAAAAAACACCUGAGGAUCAAUAUACAGAGAAGAUCAACGAUCCGGCUGUGUUCACCUGUGAAUGCAAUACACUUUUGCAAUAACUUCAUGUGUCAGCUGAAUGGAAAUUGUUUUCUAUAAAAUGAGAUGUAAAUUUCUUAGUGUAAAGUUUCUCUUCAUAUGACUGUAUUGCCCUGUUUAGACUCAUUGUUAUCUCUUGAUAAAGUUAAAUGUUUUCCAAGCCUUUGGCUCAUUUUUAAAUACAGGAAAUGCAGGGAAAAUCUCCCUGAAACUUUUUAAAAUCGUAUCGUCAUCAACCAAAUAUUCAACAAGGUGAGAAAUAUUUUUCCUUUAACCUUUUUGUCGUACAUCAAGAUAAUGAUUUUCUUUCACAUGUAGGAAUUCAUUAAAUUUGACACUAAAAUAGUUAUCAUUUUUGCCCACUAAAAAUUCUUAUUUCAUCUUGAACCUUGUGAUGAGAUGCUUCUGUUGGUUGUAAACAUCUAUUUAGUCUAGGUUUGUUUUUCUGUGUUUCUUUUCCUUUUCUGAUGUUUAUGCUUGGUACUGUUUUUGUGUUUAUAGAGAUUAUUCUAUGUGUUUGUUAUGUUUUGGUUUUGGGGACUAAAACUUUCUAUUUAUUUGAAUAGGGGAGCACUGAAUAAGUCUCUCAGGCUUCUUUUCUCUCCUGAACUGUAAUUACUGUAUUUUCUUUUGAAUGCAUUUCUAUUUUCAUUAUUAUGCAAAUUAACUGGACUAAAGAGUAAAAUGUUUCAUUUGAGAGUUGCUGACAUCACUGUUUUAUAUUACUAAAUAAGCAUCCUAUUAAAUGAUUACAAUGUUAAAUAUUUAUAUUACAGCUAUUCAUAGUCACUACAUUCACUUUGCAGGUAAAGAUUUAAGAAACAACAUCAUGACCUUAUAAAAUAAGAUGCAUUGUUAAACAAUUUUAAAUGGUAAAAGUGGGUGAUUAAAACAUGAAUAUCCCAUAUAAAUAUUUUACA